GUGCGCUGUUGUCGUUGCGGUGGGCGCUUCGCUAGCAUUUUUUAUCUUUCUUUUUGGCUUUAAGCAUUUUCGAAAAAAACACCUUUUUCGUUGCUCGUUUUUUUUUCGUGUGCUUUCUUGUAAUUUAAUAAUGUGUGCGCCUCCCGUUCCGCUCCGCCACGCCCCCUAGCCCGUCCGCCCACUAAUCGACCAACCUGCCAGCGGAAUGGAGCAGCUGUGCUACCUGGCGCUGAGCGUCCUGCUGGCCAUCGUGGUGAUGUACGGACUCCUGGAACUCCACUACUUCCUGCGCAUGUGCCUCUGUGUUGUGCUGGCGCGGUUUGUGAAGAGGCGCUGCCACAUCCUGGACGCCACCACGGUGAACGGACUCUGUCUCACCAACGAUGUGGACACUUUGUUGUACCACAUGAACAACGCUAGAUACUUUCGUGAACUGGACUUUGCCCGCGUGGAUUUUUACGAGCGGACCAAUCUGUAUCGCACCAUCACCGGAAUGGGCGGUUCCGUUUUUCAGGGGGCGGCCACCAUCCGAUACCGCCGCUUCAUCCGCCCCUUUCACCGGUUCAACAUAGUGUCGCGGAUUAUUUACUGGGACGAGCAGUCGCUGUUCAUGGAGCAUCGAUUCGUGCGUCCGUCGGACAAGUUUGUGCACUGCAUCGCCAUCUGCCGGCAGCGGGUGAUCGACGUCUCCAUGGAGGCGGUGAUGGCGGAACUCCUGCCCAGGACCUCCUCCAACGGAUUCCGGGCGACGGCGACGCCCUCGCUGGCUGCGUCCUCGUCAGCGGCGACGACGGCGGCGGGUGGUAUUAGCAAUCCGGCGAUGGACACUUCGCUGGCGGAGAAUGGACAUGGGACGAACGGAGGCGGGGCGACGAGUGCGGGCGCGGGUGCGGGUGCCGCUGCCGUUUCCGGUGCCACGCCCACAACUGCGGCGCACUGCCUCAAGUUGAAGCCCUCGCUGCCUCCGGAGCUGUCCAAGUGGAUCGAGUACAACGAUAUGUCCAGCAAGAAUCUGCGCAGCGGCUGCUGACUGGAGUCGUUGGAAUCGCCAAAGGCGGAAGCGCAUGCGCAACCGGAAACGGAAACGGAAACGGAUACUCUAAUAUUAACCCAUUUUUUGUCUCGCGUGCUUGUGUGUGUGUGUGCGUGUGUGUGCUAAUGUAUGCUAAUGUUUAAUAUCUAAGUGUGCCCGUGGAAUGUGUAAAUUUUAAGCUAUGUAAGUGUCUGAAAAACAAAACAAAAAAACCCGCCCUCUUUUGGCCUUAACUAAUUGUAUAAUUACCUAGAGAUCAGCCACGCCCCCUGAACAAACAUAAAAAAACAAAGCCCCUUGGUAGUCCACAGUAUGUAAGUUAUGAUGUACAAUGAUUGUUUAGUAAAAUGAACAAAAAAAUGUGAAAAAGAAGCAACCGAUUAAGUGAUUUUCUUGGGAUUUCCGUUUCAGCGCCCAAAAGCAGACUACAAAAUAAAAGAUGUCGAGAUAUAACAUUUUAAAUAACUUUAGACCCAUUUUAAAAUAAUUAAAGGAAAUUAUUCAUUA